AUGAAUCUCAGCAAAUUUGCUGAGCAGGAAACACUUGAUGAUGCUGGUUUGCAGAUGGAAAAGGCCUGGCGCUUGGCGAAAAUUUUGCAUGACACCUUAUCCGCAUCUAGCACGCAUCAAAACACGCCCGCAUUAUUCUACUACUGGGACAGUGAUGACCAUGACAUACGGCUGAAGACGCUGAAGAAUUGCAGUGUUCCCCGAUCGAACUCUACGAACCAUCUCAUUCACCAGGCAGACGCGAAAUAUGCGCAUCACCUUGUAACCGUCCAUCAUCCAGGCUACGAGUCAACUCGCCUAUUCGAGAUAUCCGCAUUUGACGGCGAAUCCGGUGGCAUUCGCCAUGGCACUUUGCUUCUUUUAUGUGGUAUUGUAGCAGGUGGAGCUUGGGAUGGGUGGCUGUCGGAGGAAAAGAAUGGGACGAGAGUACCGGCCGACCUCGAAGCUGUCCUCACCAAACCAGACUACUAUUAUCAUCUUCCUGACCCGCAAUGGCCUGUGGUCCUAUUUUUGGACCAUCUAACCUUCCCACACGGUCGACCUCCGCCUGGAUGGACCUUUGAUGACUCCGGGAUGACGCCGUUCUUUGACUCUAGUGCUUCGGUAUCAAGCAUGUCUCAAGCAGUCAGGGAUCGUGAUAAGACGUGCCGGGUGACCGGAUGGGCAGACGGGAUGGAGCGCGCACAUUUGCGUCCCCGCGCAACCCUUUCGGGAGCCACUUCUGUGGAUGACAUGGCCAACGCAGUUGCGCCUCGACAAGACGUACACACGGAAUUGGACAAGGGCACCUUCAUAUUUGCUCGCAAGCAAGGGAAAUGGGUGCCGCAUUUUCUCAACCCAACCCACAACUUGGGACCUAGAUAUCACAAUACGCGCAUUGACAUGCCUGCAGUUGUCAGCGAGGCGUUUGUGUUCGUUAACACUGCUGUUGCUAUAUUCCCCGAGUCCACGGAAGAGAUUGAGAAGCCUAGAUGGGGAUGAUGAACUACGUGACGUACCGAGCGAGAAACGCGUUCGCUCGGAUCUCCCUCCUGGAGAGUCGCAUAAGACGCCUGCGACACCUACCCUCACUGCUUGCAAAACUCAAUCAGACCUCGGUACCUCCGCAUCUAGUGACUCUGAACUCUACCCUGAAGGUACGAGGAUUAGAUUGCCGCGCCAGCGGGGAUUGAAGGAGGAGCGUAGAUUGAACAAGCACCUAGCUUGUUGUGAUUAUGACGCCGCUGAAGCAGCUCUACACGGGGAUGUUCAACGUCCAUCCGGCAAAGCCCGGCUAUGCACCGAGUGCCUUGGAGUAGAGUCGAGAUGGCGUACCAUAACGGAGCGAACUCGUAG